AUGGUUGAUGACAAACCUGUCAUGGACCAAGUUCAUGUCUACGAGAAUUUAUGUGCUGAUGUUCUAAAUGAGGACAUGAAAAUCUGUGAGGUUUUCCAGGCUAAUGUUCUGCUGGAAAAAUUUCCUCCUUCCUGGAGGGAGUUCCGUAACAAUCUGAAGCAUAGGAAAGAGUUCCUGUCUCUUCAGGAACUGAUCAGCCAUAUGAGGAUUGAAGAGGCCAACCGAUCAAAGAUAAUCAGGACUCGGCUCUUGUCAAUGUUUCCAAAGCUAAUCUGGUGGAAUCUGUUGCUGCGCCAAGUUCUGAUAAGUUCAAGGCCUGAUCAUAAGGCUUACCAAUGUCCUCAACGCCAAGGUUCUGUCCAAAAAGAAACUCCUCAAGCUAACCUUGCUGUUUCGGAUGAUGUUAUUGCUGCUGUGGUUGUUGAAGCAAAUCUGGUCGAAAAUCGUUCUGACUGGAUUCUGGACACCGGGGCUUCAAGGCAUUUCUGUUCGAACAAGGAGCUGCUCCAUGACUUCCAGGAUGCAACAGAAGGUGAGUGCGUCUACAUGGGGAAUGCAGCAACUGCUGGAGUGCUUGGACAUGGAAAGGGAAAUUUUCAUGAAGUUCUUGAGCACCCAACAAGCAGGAUUCAAUACCUGCAUAAUGUUAUCAACCAAAAUCUUCCUGUUCCAGCAGAAAAGCCAAGGAGGUGUAGGCAUGAGAACUUGGCGCAAAUGAAGAUACUCAUGGUGGAGGCGGAUGACUGCAACAAAGCUUGA